GUGGUGUAGCCCGUGCGCACUCCUCCACUCCUCCUUAUGUAGUAUACAGCGGGACACUCCGCAGUUGGCUUAUCCCGUUCCUUCCCGUUGCCUUUUACGCGCACGACGUCUGCAGCACAGUGAUUCAGUGAGUCCGUCCUCUCUGCACGCCACAAGCUUUUUGGAUGAAGGCAGGACUCUUUCCCUUGUGUUCCGAUGGCGAAACGGGACUGGUUCUGUCCCGGUGAUCGUUUGUAGAGGAAGAUAUUCAAGCUUUUUUUUUCUUCCACCCUCCUUUCUCUUCUCGACUCAUUUUUAACAAUAUGUGGGACGCGCGUUCUCUGCGCGGCGUCCGCGGAGUGCUCUCUUCGGUCGCGGCCGCUUGACUGAAGGGGGAUCCCGGCUCCCUUUUCAUCCUCUACUCCCUUAGGAACAAGAGAGAGUUUGCAUGCAAAAGGUGGUUUAUCUCGGCAAGCCAUGGAGGGACUUCCCUAAAGAGGAGCCAACAUAAUAAAACAUUUUUAGACUUUUUUUUCUAUUUUCCUUUUUUGUGUCAUCGUAACAUCUACCCCAGUAAGUCUCCUUUUCCAUCACCAUGGCUGAGAAGCUUGGACCAGCAGGGGUCAAGCCCACCAACAUCCAAACCACUCCCUCCCUGCCCCCGGAGCCCAUGGACAUCAUCCGCACCAAAGCCCGCUCCCGCAGAGUCCGCCUUAACGUUGGGGGUCUGAACCACGAGGUCUUGUGGCGGACCCUAGACCGGCUACCCAGGACCAGGCUCGGCAAGCUACGGGACUGCAACACCCAUGAGUCCCUGAUGGAAGUCUGUGACGACUACAGCCUGAACGAAAAUGAGUACUUCUUCGACCGGCACCCGGGGGCCUUCACCUCCAUUCUGAACUUUUACCGCACGGGCAAGUUACACAUGAUGGAGGAAAUGUGUGCCCUUUCGUUUGGCCAGGAGUUAGACUACUGGGGGAUCGAUGAGAUCUACCUGGAGUCCUGCUGCCAGGCCCGGUACCACCAGAAAAAAGAGCAGAUGAAUGAGGAGUUGCGCAGGGAGGCAGAGACAAUGAGGGAGAGGGAGGGAGAGGGAGAGUUUGAUAACACCUGCUGCCCAGACAAGAGGAAGAAGCUGUGGGAUCUCCUGGAGAAGCCCAGCUCCUCGGUGGCUGCCAAGAUUCUAGCCAUCAUCUCGAUCCUGUUCAUCGUCCUCUCCACCAUCGCUCUGUCUCUCAACACCUUACCAGAGCUCCAGAUCAUAGAUGAAUUCGGCCAGGCCAACGACAACCCCCAGUUGGCCCACGUGGAGGCCGUGUGUAUUGCCUGGUUCACCAUGGAGUACCUCCUUCGCUUCCUCUCCUCUCCUAAUAAAUGGAAGUUCUUCAAAGGCCCGCUGAAUGUCAUUGACUUGCUAGCCAUUCUGCCCUACUAUGUCACCAUCUUCCUGACUGAGUCCAACAAGAGCGUACUGCAGUUCCAAAAUGUACGCCGUGUGGUGCAGAUAUUCAGGAUCAUGAGAAUAUUGAGGAUCCUGAAGUUGGCCAGGCACUCCACAGGGCUCCAGUCUCUAGGGUUUACUUUGAGAAGGAGCUACAAUGAACUGGGCCUGCUUAUUUUAUUUCUUGCCAUGGGCAUCAUGAUAUUUUCCAGCUUGGUCUUCUUUGCUGAGAAAGAUGAAGAUGCCACAAAAUUCACCAGCAUCCCCGCUUCAUUCUGGUGGGCAACCAUUACAAUGACUACAGUGGGCUAUGGUGACAUUUACCCACAGACAUUACUUGGAAAAAUUGUGGGUGGGCUCUGCUGCAUUGCAGGAGUGCUGGUCAUUGCCCUACCCAUCCCCAUUAUUGUCAACAACUUCUCUGAGUUCUACAAGGAGCAAAAGAGGCAGGAGAAGGCCAUCAAGAGGAGAGAGGCACUAGAGAGAGCCAAGAGAAAUGGCAGCAUUGUGUCAAUGAACCUAAAAGAUGCCUUUGCCCGCAGUAUGGAGCUGAUGGAUGUGGUGGUAGAGAAAGGAGAGGACAAAACCUCCCUGGACAACCACCUGUCUCCUAGCCGCUGGGGUGGCUCAACCAGGCACGCCAGCUCAGAGACUAACCUGAAAUCCCCAGAAAAGAGAAACCCAGACUCUCUGCUGCAAAGUUCCCCUCAUCGUAUAACCAUCACCACCACUGGAAGUCCCCAGAGGACAAACAGGACCCCACAGCACCUUAAUGUGCAGAAACUGGAGGAGAUGUACAACCAGAUGACCAAGUCACAGUCCUUCACUAACCUCAACACUACAAGCUCCAUGAGCACUCUGAGCACAACCAUGACUGGCCCUGUCUCACCUAGAAAAUGUCAGAGCCCUGAAUUUACAUUAAAAGAGGAAGUAGAGCUGGAGAUGAAGGAGGUCCAACCCUCCUCACCAGAUAACUUUGCAAGUUGCUCAGCAGACUUUAGAAAACAAGGCUCUGACUCAGAUGAGGAUGACGCUGUGCCCUGUCAAACCCGACAUCCCAGGGCACCACCCCAUCUGGAUCUUAGCCAACUGAGGGCUAGCGAUGAACACAGCUCUCCUGAAGUCAUACUUAAAGAUGGCCUCUAUGAAUCCGUCAACCCAGGUGGCGGAUCAGAGCUCCACAUAGAGGAAGGGGAGAGCUUUGACAGUGCUGUGGAGAACAUCCAGAGCUCUCUAAGAGAGAACAACCCUCUUAAAAUAAAGGGGUUGAAGGUCAACCUCACCAAAACCUCUGCUGAAGGCCCGCUAACACCGCCCAGCACUACCUCUCCUGGAGACAUCAGCUCCAGCAUCCUGGAAGACGACUCCCCGGAAGGAGAGACGUCACCGCUCAUCCCCAGUUCAGAGGAGUUGCUCCCAGUCACCGAGGAGGAUACCUGCCCGUUGUCCCCUAAGAGGCUGGUGGUGGACACCCCACCCGGCGAUGAAGAUCAAUCCACAGAGAACCACGAGGAAAAGCAUCUGAUGGAGGUGGCGGGCGCUGCAGUUGCACCCUUGUCACCCAAGACAGCAGCACAAAAUUGCACCCAAGGUGUGGUUGGGGCAGGUGAAGAAGUCAAGGCUGACAGCAACCAAAGUGGACACAAAGUAGAGAACCACAUGUUUACAUCUGAUAUCCACCUGAUACCCGGGGAUGGCAGCCUGUCUCCGACCUGUGAAACCAGCAUGUGACUGUGAGAGAAUCUCUGAGGGACAAUAGACCCACUGCAACCUCAGCCUGGUGUGUGGGAGAGCAGGGAGAAAAGACAAGGAUGCAGUUGUAGUGACAGAUAUUUUUGCAUGGCAUGACAAGUCCCUUUUACUUGUGUUGUUGUGUAUUGCUGAAAAAGUAACUGCAGUGCUUUGUGCAGAUUUGAGAAUGACUUUGGGACAAACAGUGGGCUCAAAGAGGAGGCUCUUGAGAAACAGAGGGAAUUCAUCAACUUAUGUAGACACUUUGGUCCUCCAAAUGUACAUAAUGACAGUCUCCUUUUUCUAGCAAAAGAAAGAAAUGCACAGAGGGACUAAUCUGUAAAAAGCAUGCAUUUAAAAAAGACAGAUAUUUUACGGUGCUUAGUUUGCUGAAAGCGCUCCACUGUAAAUAAUAGGACAUCUAAGGCAAUGACAAUGCACAGAAUGGCAAAGGAAAACUGUCACUGUAGGUACAAAUAUUUGUAAUGUGAAAAAGGAGGGGUGGGGGGUAAAAUUGAGAGCCCUCAGACUGGGAGUUGCAUCGUAGCGACCUAUAAAAAAAACAUAUCAUUACCUUUUGUGGAAAUGCAAAGUGUUCCCAUGACGACCCUGUAAUGUUUUUUCGUGUGAAAAAUGAUGUAUAAGACUGUAACGUUGACAUUAUUGCUUUUGGUUUUCAUAACGACUGUUGAACUUUCAGUUGAGCAUCUGAUAUUCCGUCUUUGAAUUAAUAACGGUGGGCAAGGAGGACAGAAACACCUUGAUUCCUCUAAAUGCGCCUGAAGUUGCCAAAUACGUAUGUAAGCAGUAAGGACAGGAACUAUCAGAUACUACCGCUGUUGAAAAUAUUUAUCAUGAGGUUUCAGAAGUAAGGACAUGGCUUAAGAUGUUUUUUUCCUUGUCCUGCCUUUUGAUACCUUCCAAAUCGCAAAAGUAUAUAUUAUUUACUCUCCGACUUCCGAU